CAACAACACAGUAUCAACCAAACCACACUUAACCAUAAACUCCUCAACACACUCAUUUUCAUACCCAAAAACAUCAUGGAACCAUUUAAGCUUCUUUUUCUCUUUCUCAUUACUCUGCUUCUUGUGUUCAAGCUCGCACUCUGUUUCUGGUGGAGACCUAGGAAAAUCGAAGGCCAUUUCUCCGACCAAGGAAUAAGAGGACCCCCUUAUCGUUUCUUCGUCGGAAAUGUUAAGGAACUUGUCGGAAUGAUGAUGAAAGCCUCUUCUCAACCCAUGCCUUUCUCUCACAACAUUCUCCCUAGAGUCCUUGCCUUCUACCAUCACUGGAACAAACUUUAUGGUUCGACAUUCCUGGUUUGGUUUGGACCCACCGUUCGAGUCACCAUCGCUGAUCCAGACCUCAUCCGAGAAAUCUUGACCUCCAAGUCAGAAUUGUAUGAGAAAAACGAAUCUCCCCCGCUUGUGAAGCUGCUUGAAGGUGAUGGACUCCUGAGCCUCAAAGGAGAAAAAUGGGCUCACCACCGCAGAAUCAUCUCUCCCACCUUUCGUAUGGAGAAUCUCAAAUUGUUGAUACCGAAUAUGGCAGCAAGCGUGGUUGAGAUGUUGGAGAAGUGGAAGACAGAGGCCGAGAAGGGUGAAGUGGAAAUCGAAGUUUCAGAAUGUUUUCAAACAUUAACAGAAGAUGUGGUGACUAGGACAGCGUUUGGAAGCAGCUACGAAGAUGGGAAAGCGGUUUUCCGGUUGCAAGCCCAACAAAUGGAACUAGCAGCUGAUGCCUUCCAAAAAGUGUUCAUUCCAGGUUCCAGAUUCUUUCCGACGAGGAGGAAUUUAAAUUCUUGGAAAUUGGAUAAGAAAAUGAAGAGAUCGUUGGUGAAGUUGAUCGAUGGACGAAAAAAAGAGAAUGCGUGUGGGAAUGAAGAUACGAAGGGGGCGAAAGAUUUGCUGGGGCUUAUGAUUGGGGCAUCCGCCACCAAUGCGAACGUAACGGUUGAUGACAUCGUGGAAGAGUGCAAGACAUUUUUCUUUGCAGGGAAACACACCACUUCCAACCUGCUGACGUGGAGCACGAUUCUGCUUGCGAUGCACCCGCAGUGGCAGGUACAGGCACGUGAGGAGGUGGCGAUGGUGUGCGGGGCACGUGACAUCCCUACCAAGGACGAUCUCCUCAAGCUUAAGACAUUGACGAUGAUCGUGAACGAGUCUCUGAGGCUGUACCCUCCGACGAUCGCAACGAUCAGAAGGGCGAAAGGUGACGUGGAGCUGGGGAAGCUGAAGAUCCCGUGCGGGACAGAACUCCUGAUCCCCAUCCUGGCCGUUCAUCACGAUCAGGCCACGUGGGGCAGCGACGCGAACGAGUUCAAUCCUGGGCGUUUCUCCAACGGCGUAUCUCGCGCGGCGCGCCACCCUUUUGCAUUUAUCCCCUUCGGGCUCGGUGCGCGAACCUGCGUGGGACAGAACCUGGCGCUUCUUCAAACCAAGCUCACCCUGGCCAUCAUGCUUAGCCGUUUCACUUUCAAAUUGGCCCCAUCCUAUCGCCACGCGCCGACGGUCCUCAUGUUGCUCUACCCUCAGUAUGGCGCGCCGAUCAUUUUCCAACCCAUUGCCACCGGCGCAGCCACCGUGGAUUGUUGAUGAUGAUGCGUUAUGGCUAUGCCAGCACGUUUGCGUAGAAUAAGUGUAUAUUGGGUUCAGUUUAGGGAUCAAAACCCCCUUGUGGCUUUUGGAAAAUUGAAGACCAAAAAAGAAAAAAAAUGUAUGGAUUAGGGUUUUAUUGAGUGUUUAAAAGAGAAUUUCAAAAGUUUAAAAUUAGCCAAGAACAAAUUAUAGGCACGUGGUUUGUGUGACUUCUAUCAUUUACCAUCGACAAGCUAAUGAAUAUUCUCCUACAAUUUG